GUCACCCAUCACAAUGGCAAACAUCAUCCAAUCUCCUAAUUACCACAUGACCCUCAGCAAGUUCAUCUUCAACGAGGAACUCAAACACGAGAAGAUCACCGGCGAGUUCACCGAGCUCCUCAGCUCGUGUCAAACCAUCGCGAAAGCCAUCAGUGCCAUGUUGCGCCGGGUGGGCUUGAACGAGCCCUACGGCACCCCCGAAAAGGAAAAAGAACCCAUGAAAAUCCAAGGUAUAGCCCAAGAUAUUUUCAUCAAGAUCCUCUCCGAAACCGGUUCGGUUGGCAUCAUCAUUUCAAGGUUCAGCCCCAAAGUCAUCGACGUGGAAAAGACCAAGAAGGGGAAAUACAUCUUGGUGAUCGACCCUUUGGACGGGGUGACCAACAUAGAGUUGGGACUUCCCACGGGUUCCAUCUUCGGCAUCAUGCUGCGGGUGGACAGUCGCGUCCCCACUGUGGAGGACGCUCUUAACUCCAACAACAAGAUGGUGGCCUCUGGGUACAUGAUGUACGGAAGCACCACCAUUUUCGUGCUUACCACAGGGGAAGGGGUAAACGAGUUUAUCCUAGAUCCCCAAAUCGGGGAGUUCCUGUUGACCGAUAAGGCAAUACGAAUCGCUGAAAAAGGCAUGAGCUAUUCUGUGAACGAAGGGUACUUGGCGUUGUGGGACGACGCCAUCAAGGAGUACAUAAGGGAGAGGAAGUUCCCGGAUAAGAAGAAGCACUACACGGCGAGGUACGUGGGCUCGAUGGUCGGUGAUUUCCACAGGACUCUGAAGCGAGGGGGCAUUUUUAUGUACCCUGGUAACAAGGACCAACCCUUCGGAAAACUGGAGUUGAUGAGUAAGUGCAAACCCUUGGCUUUCAUCGUCACGCAAGCGGGCGGAGCGGCGAGCGAUGGUCAUACCAACAUCUUGGAGAUCGUGCCGAAAAGCAUACACCAGACGACUCCCAUUUUUAUAGGGUCUCCGGUGGACGUCAACGAGGUUUUAGAGUUUGUAGAGAAACACCAGAAGAGGUAGUUGUAAUUUGGUACGAGAAUAAAAGUU